AUGUUUACACGUAGCUCAGUUCUCCGUGAAUGUAUACAGGUUGCACCUCUUUUAGAACGCUUUGGAUCUGUUUUGCGUGAGCUUCCGGUUAUUGGGUGUCGAGGAAACGAUGUGCAAGUUAUAGAGCUACCAACGGACUUUCAUCACGCUAUUCUGAAUGGCAUUCAUCAAGCUCGCAAGAAAAUCACUUUGGCAUCACUCUACCUUGGAUUUGAACAAUCUGACGUGGCAAGUUCAGCUCGUUUUGGACAUAUAUCAUCGUAUAUACAAAGAUCGGAUCAUCUUACUGGCAAUCACCUCCAGGUUGCAGCUCUGAAAAUAGCAAUGACCAACAACUCGAGCUUAAAAGUUCACAUACUGCUGGAUUGUCUUCGAGGAACACGUGACAAUCAAUCAUCAUUAGCGUUGCUAUAUCCUCUACACAAAGAACACGCGUCGCAAUGCCGACUAUCCUUUUUCCUGUCGCCUCCUGCCAGUGGGUUGUUGAGAUACCUUCUACCACCACGUUUCAAUGAAGUUUUGGGAUUACAACAUAUGAAAUGUUAUUCUUUCGAUGAUAAUGUCAUUAUGAGCGGUGCCAAUUUGAGCACCGAUUACUUUACAAAUCGACAAGACAGAUACAUUUCCGUCAAUUCGCCGACAUUAUCUGAAUAUUUUAAUGAUCUAGUCACUACAGUCGGAGACGCGUCGUAUCACGCACCUAAAGAAGAAGGUCAACCCACACAAAGAGAUUUAGUGGGACCAGAGCGCGGAAUAUACGGUCUCUUAUCAGCAUUUACAUCACGAUGGGCUGGUAAAUUCACCACGUCUAACCCUGACGAUGACACGCUGCUUGUGCCGAGCAUACAGCUAGGAGUCGCUGGAUUUCGGCAAGACGAAACCAUUGUAAAAGAUUUAAUUGAAUGUGGAUCAAAGCACAAAGAUCCGUCAUGGACAAUGCAUCUAAGCUCGGCCUACUUUAACUUUCCACCUAAAUAUUGUCAAAUGAUUUUGGACUCGUCUGCUCAAUUUAAAAUAAUGACUUCGGCUCCAGAGGCUAAUGGAUUUUAUAACUCGAAAGGCAUUUCACGGUUCUUACCACCAGCGUAUACAUAUCUCGAGUCAAACUUUUUGAAAAUGGCUAGACGGCAUAGGCCAAUAGACGCUGUUGACAUAUCAGAGUAUAAUCGACCCGGUUGGACCUUCCAUGGAAAGGGUCUGUGGUGUUAUGCUUCUAACGAGCCAUACCCAUGUGCAACUAUCAUCGGGUCUUCCAAUUUUGGUAUACGGUCACUCAUGCGUGAUAUGGAAGCUCAAAAUCUCGAAUUCCUAAGGUCUCAUUCAUCCACUGUUGACGUUCCGACCCUAACAAGCCCUGAACGUAAAGCUCAUUGGCUAACCAAGCUUACAGCCUUGACUUGUAGAGAUAUGUUUUAG